AUGAGUGCAGCAUCGGAUACAGUGGAACUGGGCGUGGUUCUGCUGAUUUUUGCGAAGGCGAAGAAGCCGCAGGAGGUCUGGGAAGCCCUGUUCAAAGAUCUCCACCAACAUCUCCAACCACAUCUCCAUCCAUCCCAUGAGGACUCACCACUCCAACCUACCUUCCAGGAUGGCGAUGAUGGCAAAGUUGCAUCGCUCCUUCUCACUUUCAAGGAAGUCCUAUCGCUACGGCAGCUGAAGGCUCUGACCGAUCAUGACUUGACAACGUUUGAGAAGAUCCAUGAAAUCGAACUCUUCCUCCAACCCGGCCCCCUCUACGCCUUCCACAAAGCACCCGGCCUCGCAGUCUUCGACAUGGACUCCACUCUAAUCCAACAAGAAGUUAUCGACGAGCUGGCCCGCUGCGUUGGUGUCUACGACCAAGUGUCCGCCAUUACCGAGGCGGCCAUGCGCGGUGAGGAGCCCUAUACGGACUUUGAAGCUUCGUUACGGGCGAGGGUAGGGUAUCUCAAGGGUGUGCCAACUUCUAUCUGGGACGAGAUGAAGAAGGGCGGGAUCAUUACCUUCACCACCGGAGCACGGGAAUUGACGAAGUCCCUAAAAGCACAGGGCUGGAAAAUGGCAGUGCUGAGCGGCGGCUUCACGCCCCUAGCCUCUUGGAUUCAAGCCGAGCUCGGUCUAGACUACUGCUACGCCAACCACCUCGUCGCCGACUCAUCCACUGGUACCCUCACAGGCGAACUCGUAGAAGGCCAACCCAUUAUUCACGGCAUCAAGAAACGAGAGUUAUUGCAGGAAAUUGCCGAGAAGGAAGGCAUUCCGCUCGAACGGGUCGUGGCGGUGGGCGAUGGGAGUAAUGAUUUGCCUAUGAUGGAGGUGGCGGGGUUGGGCGUGGCGUUUAAUGCGAAGCCGAAGGUACAGGCGAUGGCGCCGACGAGGUUGAAUAGUGGGAGUUUGGUGGAUGUGUUGUAUGUUUUGGGGUAUGGGAGGGGGGAGAUUGAGGGGGCGGUGUGA